AUGGCGCGGCGCAUCGCCAGUCGGCAACAGCUGAGCUUCCCCGAGUUCUACCCAUCCGGCUGCUUGCUGGGACGUGUGAACGUGUUGGACUGCCUGCCGCAGGAAGUAUACCAGGAGCAGUUUCCGGACGGCGAGAGCGACUCGCCGUACGUGCUGAUCUGCAGCGAGCCUGAGCAGCUGCUCGUUAAGUUCCCGAUGAAGGGCCAGCACAAAAUCUAUAAAAUGGACACCACCAUCCACCAGGCAGCGAAGAAGAUGCUCAGCGCGCGGUAAUACGACAUGCCCAGCGGGUCCGCGUGGCUGGAAUGCUGCGUUGGAAAUGUCCCGGGAGCGCCGGCGCGGCACACUCCCUGUAGCCGUGGCUCGCCGUCUCGGCGGCCGCGGACCGCUGUGAACUAUCCCGAACUGGAUCCAGCCCGGGGCGGCGCCGCCGGCAGCGGCGUGCCUGACCGGGGCAGAGCGCCGGCGCCUGCAGACGGCCCAAGAAGACUUCCGUCUUCCUCACCGUCCUCCUGGCGCCGUCCGCUGCCGCCGGGUGCGGUGCGGUGGAGCCGAGCGCAGUGGAGGCGCGUCGGACGAGUCAGGUCCGCUGUCCGGACUCGUGGCUCGUCCAU